AUGAGUGAGACGAACGUUUCUCCGGAGAAUGUCGACUUGCCGUCUCCGGCGGUUGAGGAGGAAAAGUUAAGUUCGUCGACGGUUCCUUCCUCGGAGACGACGAUUAACUCUCCGGACACGGUGGCUAACAACAAGGCAGCGGUGAUGUCGCCGUCGAUGAUGGAGACGUUCAGGACCUGUGUGCUGUCGGGGGGCCGGAUUGACAAGGAGGAGUUGAGGAGGAAGCUUACGAUGCCGCAGUAUCUCCGGCACGCAAUGCGCGAUUGCAUACGUUUCCAGGAUCCCACCGCAAUGAGCAGUCGCAUAGGCGACAAGGACGAAGAAGGUAUUGGGCCUCCGGAGACGCCCAUGGUAGUAUUCAUAAAUACCCGCAGCGGCGGCCGUCACGGCCCUGUUCUUAAGGAAAGGCUGAAACAUCUCAUGAGUGAAGAACAGGUUUUGGAUCUUACUGAUGUGAAGCCUCAUGAAUUUCUGGAGUACGGAUUAGGUUGCCUCGAGGUGGUGGCAAGUCUUGGUGAUUCUUGCGCAAAAGAAGUUCGUGAAAGAAUGAGGAUUAUGGUUGCUGGAGGUGAUGGCACAGUUGGCUGGGUAUUGGGAUGUCUCACUGAUCUUCACAAGAAAGGCCGGGAUCCAAUUCCUCCAGUAGGAAUUAUACCACUUGGUACAGGCAAUGAUCUAUCUCGGAGUUUUGGAUGGGGAGGUUCAUUUCCUUUUUCCUGGAAAGCUGCUAUUAACAGGAGUCUUUUGAAGGCCAGUACUGGUCGGGUUUGUCGUCUGGAUAGUUGGGAAAUCUUACUUUCAAUGCCAGAAGGCACAAUUGUGGAAGCACCCCAUUCUCUGAAGCGCACAGAAGAGUUCUCUCUUGAUGAGGGUUUAGAAGUUGAAGGAGAGUCGCCUGAGGAAGUUACUUGUUAUGAGGGAGUUUUCUACAAUUACUUCAGUAUAGGAAUGGAUGCCCAAGUAGCUCAUGGCUUCCAUACUCUGCGUAAUGAAAAACCUUAUCUUGCAAAUGGUCCAAUAGCAAAUAAGAUUAUCUACUCUGGUUACAGUUGCACUCAGGGCUGGUUCUUAACACCCUGUACAAGUGACCCAGGUCUAAGGGGGCUUAAAAACAUUCUGCGGAUGCAUGUCAAAAAGUUCAACUCCUUAGAGUGGGAGCAGAUCCCAGUUCCUUCCAGUGUAAGGGCAAUAGUUGCUCUCAAUCUUCAUAGCUAUGGAAGUGGAAGAAAUCCUUGGGGUAAUUUGAAACCAGAGUAUUUGGAAAGGAGAGGCUUUGUCUCAGCCAAUGUGGAUGAUGGACUUCUGGAAAUAUUUGGUCUAAAGCAAGGAUGGCAUGCAUCAUUUGUAAUGGUUGAACUAAUCUCUGCAAAGCACAUAGCUCAGGCAGCAGCAAUUCGAUUGGAAAUAAGAGGUGGGGAGUGGAGAGAUGCUUAUAUGCAAAUGGAUGGAGAACCCUGGAAGCAGCCUUUGAGAAGUGAAUUCUCUACCUUCGUUGAAAUCAAGAGGGAGCCUUUCCAAUCGUAUAUGAUUAGUGGAGAGUAA